CCCCAUCUCAAUAUAUGGCUCUGUUGUCCACUGCCGGAACCAUCGGCUGCUGUUCGCGCGACACCGGGAGGAAUUGGAGGUUGCGCUGUAUGUAUACAUGAAAACCACUAAUGCGAGACGUUAGCUGGUCUGCAGGAUGUCUUCAGUGAUUCCACAAGGGUUUCAGAGCAGCAAACAGGACUUCCGGUUCGGCCCGUGGACCGUCACCGCCGUCAGGACUCACAUCAUGAAGUCCAAAGAUAUCGAGAGGCUGGCGGAGACGAUGCACAUGCCGGCUCUGCCAGAGAUGCUGUUCGGGGAGAACGUGUUGCGCAUUCAGCACAGCGACGGCUUCGGGAUCGAGUUCAACGCCAUCGACGCGCUCAAACGUGUCAACAACAUGCAGGACUCUGUGAAGGUGGCCUGUGCCCAGGAGUGGCAGGACAGCAGGGCCGACUCAGAGCAUUCGAAGGACGUGGUGAAGCGCUACGAUUGGACUUACACAACCGACUACAGAGGGACUUUACUGGGAGAGCACAUGCAGAUGAAGGUGAUGCCGACCACCGACCGCAUCGACAUGGAGAAGCUGAAGGCGCGAGAACAGAUCCAGUUCUUCGAGGAAGUGCUGCUGUUCGAGGACGAGCUGCAUGAUCACGGAGUGUCUAUGAUCAGUGUCAAAAUCAGAGUGAUGCCCACCAGCUUCUUCCUCCUGCUGCGGUUCUUUCUGCGAGUGGAUGGAGUGAUGAUCAGGAUCAACGACACCCGUCUUUAUCACGAGGCUGGAAGAAACCACAUGCUUCGAGAAUUCAGCACACGUGAAAGUAAAAUACCAGAUCUUCAGCACAUUCCUCCUGCGCUUUACACAGACCCCAACGAGAUCGCGCAGCAUUUACCCCUGAAACUCACCGAGUGUGAGAAGCUGCAGCUCCCGGAGACGCCGGCGGGAACAUCACAGUCUCCACUGCGGCGGGAGUGAACACCGGAAGUAAAGACUCGUUCACCCUCGCUAUGAUCACAUCUGAAACUGUCCUGUAGAGUCUCAUCCUGUAACUUUCAUGAGGUGCAGAAUGUCUGCUUUGUAAUGUAAUGCUUGUUUGAUCUGUUUGUCAUUGGAGAAGAUUUUAUUAAAACGCUUUAAAUGAUUUCACUGGAUUGAGAAAAUAUGAUGAAUAUGAAAAUGAAAAUUCUCGAUGUUAUGAGAAAUGAAAAAGAAUGACUUAAAGCUCGUAUUACUAAGGAGGAACACCUAAUGCUGAACCCUGUUGGAGAAGCUCGAUGAGUUAUGCUUUCAGAAGUAUUCUCAUCCUAGGGCCUCAUAUACUGAUCCUUUUGCCAAAGCGUAUACAUCCAACGCACAUGGCCCCCUUUAGCGUCAAUAUAACACGCUUUGGUUAUGGGUAGGUUUAGACCACUAGGAGGCGCAAUAUAUAUCUGCGUCUCAUAUUGACGCUAAAGGGUGUGUUGGAUGCAUAGCUGUCAACCCUCCUGUUUUUUCCGGGUUUCUCACGUAUUUUAGCUCUUUUCCCGCUGUCUUCCCGUUUUAGUAUUUUCCUGUAAAAUAUCCUGUAUUUUUACGCUCUGAUUGUGUGAGACGUACAAGCUCGGACAGAUUCAUCCUCGGAUGCAGCGCCGCGCGCACUGUUAAGGCCGGAGACACACUGCCUGCGUGACACUCCAGAAAACGUGUGCAUGCUAGAAAUAGAACUGACCCCUAUUUUUCACGUAGGGGAAAAAUGUGUUCAAGUGUGUUGAAAGAGUUUCCACGCAAAAAA